AUGAAGGUCCCCAGUGGUCCUGAAGUGUUUCUGUUUCAUGUCUUCGCCCUUCAGGAGGAAGUGGCCUACAAAACCCCAGCGCACUGGAGGAGGAGUACCACUGACCCCAUCAGGUGGAUCACUGCAGAUCCCUGCCAUAACUACACUGUGCUGGAUGAUCCUAGGAGAUCCACAGACAAUCGAUAUUCCUACGAAUUAAUGUGUGACGUUUGGGUCAGCUGGAGCGGCUGGUACCGUCUCUUCAUUCAUGGUCAGAGCGCUCAGAUGCCAGACACAUGUGUUGAUAAGUAUAGCUGUGGCACUAAUGUCCCGCUGUGGCUGAACGGAGGACAUCCGAAUGUUGCGGAUGGAGUGGUCACUCGAGGCGUCUGCGGUCACUGGUUCAAUAACUGCUGCCAUACUCCAUCCAAUUCCAUUAGAGUCAAAGCCUGUCCAGGAGGUUAUUAUGUCUAUGAGUUUGUGGUGCCAGUUACCUGUCAUUUGGCAUACUGUGCAGGACGAGGAAUAUUCUACCCAUUCGGCUGGGCAGUAGGAGACGCAAUAAAUCCUGUUGUUGAUGAUGAAAGCUCCUCUGUUAUUCAGCUGUCGAGUCCAUUUCUGUUCUUUGGUCGCACAUACCAGCAGAUUUAUGUGAAUAAUAAUGGACACCUCACAUUCAACAAGGCUUCAGCGAAAUAUGUUCCAUAUUCAUUUCCUGGUUAUGAAAGCCAGGAUAUAAUCGCUGGUCUCUGGACAAACCUCGACAACAGUGUGAGAGGUUUUGUAUCUUAUCAGCAGUACACCAGUGGAAACGUUCUCUCUCAGGCCACUCAGGACAUAAACACACAUUUCCCAAAUCUGACUUUCACUGCUUCUUGGGUGUUUGUUGCAACGUGGAAUAAAGACACUUACUCCAACUCAAGCAUCACAGAAACAUCAUUUCAAGUGGUUUUAAUUUCAGGCAGUAAUUCUUCAUUUAUUCUGAUGAAUUAUGGUGAGAUUGCUGAAACAGGACUUCCAGUGCAGGCUGGUUAUGACACAAUAAACUCCACGCACUACUUCGUGGUUCCUGGGUCAGACAGCGGCAGCUUCAUCUCAAACCUCAGGAACUCCAGUAAUGUUGAUGUUCCCGGCCGAUGGGCCUUCAGAGUGGACAGCGGACCAAGAAACAGCCUCUUGAAAAACAAUGUUGUUAGUUUUCGAGUGAGACUUUCCUCAUUUUCAGACCUAACACAGAGUGGAAACACUGAAAGGCUUUUACAGAAAAUGAAACAGGAGCUGAUCCCUGCUAUAAUUACACUGCACUGGAUGAUUCCUGGAGAUCCCCAGACAAUCGAUAUGUGUGACACAUGUGUUGAUGAGAAUAGCUGUGGUACUGAUGCCCCAAUGUGGCUUAAUGGAGCACAUCCAACAGUUGCGGAUGGAGAGGUCAUUCGAGAUGUCUGCAUUUCCUGGAGGAAUAACUGCUGCCAUGCCCAUUCUAAUCCCAUCAAUGUCAAAGCCUGUCCAGGAGAUUAUUAUGUCUACAAGUUUGUGAGGCCAAUUGGCUGCUAUUUUACAUACUGUGCAGGACGAGGAAUAUUUUACUCAUUCGGCUGGGCAGUAAGAGACACAAACAAUCCUGCUGAUGGAAACUCCUCUGUUAUUCAGCUGUCGAGUCCAUUUCUGUUCUUUGGUCGCACAUACCAGCAGAUUUAUGUGAAUAAUAAUGGACACCUCACAUUCAACAAGGCUUCAGCGGAAUAUGUUCCAUAUUCAUUUCCUGGUUAUGAAAGCCAGGAUAUAAUCGCUGGUCUCUGGACAAACCUCGACAACAGUGUGAGGGGUUUUGUGUCUUAUCAGCAGUACACCAGUGGAAACGUUCUCUCUCAGGCCACUCAGGACAUAAACACACAUUUCCCAAAUCUCACCUUCACCGCUUCUUGGGUUUUUGUUGCAACAUGGAAUAAGGUCACCUACUUCAAUUUAACCAGCAUAGAAGCAUCGUUUCAAGUGGUUUUAAUUUCAGGCAGUAAUUCUUCAUUUAUUCUGAUGAAUUAUGGUGAGAUUGCUGAAACAGGACUUCCAGUGCAGGCAGGUUAUGACACAAUAAACUCCACACACUACUUUGUGGUUCCUGGGUCAGACAGCGGCAGCUUCAUCUCAAACCUCAGGAACUCCAGUAAUAUUGAUGUUCCCGGCCGAUGGGCCUUCAGAGUGGACAGCGGACCAAGAAACAGCAUCUUGAAAAACAAUGUCGUUAGUUUUCGAGUGAGACUUUCCUCAUUUUCAGACCUAACACAGAGUGGAAACACUGAAAGGCUUUUACAGAAAAUGAAACAGGAGCUGGUCAAAUACGGUUUGCCAAACAACUGUGAGCUGAAGUUAAGAAAACUGCAAAAGAUAAAAACAUAA